UUCAUUGCGAUGUUUUUUUUGGGGGGAUUUCAGCCGGUGGAUCCAAAUACGCUUGUUAUAUUAGUAUUUUCCCGCGUCUAUGAUCUGAUUUCAUUUGACAGAAUCGGUAAUGAUUUCUUUAGAACGUGGAUUUCUUGAAUUUAGGUCAAACGCGCAAUACCAAGGCUUGUUUGGAGGAUUGCGGGCAAGACGGCGGAGUAAAUCAAGUGGUAAUCUGAGACCGCGGAUCUCUUCCUUCCAGCUCAUUCUUUACGAAAUCAUAAGCCAACCAUAUCCUUACUUCAAAAGACGAUUGUGGCGUGUUAAAUCAUGGUGUAGAUGAAGCAAGGCUUUCAGGGUUGGCAGGCGCAUUCUGUACUUACUGAGUGAUUUUGUGCCUAUGGAUCGACCUUGGUAUUGGGAAUAUCCCAGCGAGAUAUUGGCUCGAAAAAGGUCUGGACUGUAAUUUUAACCCAUUAACGGUUGGUAGUGAUAACAAGUUUGGACAUGAUCGGUAUAAGUACAUGUUAUGAAAAAAUUCGAGUGGAAAGAUUCAAUCAGCAAUCAGGCAGAUCUAGGGGUUCGGACAAUUAGUUACGUGCCAAGAUUGAGGUAUAUGCGGACAUAAAAAGCUUAUCAUUUAAAACGAAAUAGAAACUCGGAGUCCGGCUCUGUCUUACAGGCAACCAUUUCUCCGAUAGGGCUCCUCUCCAGAUAGGCAACAGCAAAACUUUUCUUGGUGGAUUACUUACACAACAUGUCGACAACUAGAAAUAUAUCCUACGUUCAAAGGAACAGCAGCUUCCAGGAACAUCAUAAUAAGUAUCCUCGUGAAAACGAUUGUUGGAGCUCAAGCAGUAAGCCCGACUUUAAUUCACAAACUUACAAUUUACGAACGCGUGGCCUUUCCCAUUGUACAUCGCCAAUAUGUACUUCGCCCACAGAUACGAAUUCCACCGACAUCUCUUUCGACAUCCAUGAUGAUGCUAUUAGCACAUGUAUGGAAGAGAGUCGCAAUGCCUGUAGUAGUCAAUACCAUGCCGGUGUCUCUCAAAGUGACAUUGCCACCUCCUCGGACUAUAAUGACUACCUGUGGCAAGAUACGUCAUACCAGACCUUUACCUGCGAUUCAGAAUUGAUUUAUGAUGCGAAUAUUGACCCGAGCCUUUGGAACUGCGGUGCUAUGAGCACUGGACCUACUGUUCCACGCCCAGCCGCUACAGAAGCCCAAAGCAUCCUCGACGAGCCAGAUUUUAAUAGGUGCUGGGAUAUCCCAUCAAUGGAAGGAGCAUCCAUGCCUAUAAGUGAACAUAGCGGAGGAGUUUUCCCAUCUUGCAUGGUUGACGAGCCUAAUAUCGCGAGAACGCCUAGUGUCAAUUCAUUCCGAUCGGCCGUUUCGGAUUACAUAAUGGAAAGGCAGCCUGCUUCCUAUUUCUUCGAUACGACCGAGUUUAUGAUGAUGAGAUCGCAAUCCAUUGGCGAGGAAUCAUACCGAUCCGAAUCAACUUUAGGAUCACCUCCACCAGGUGUAAUGGGAAAAUCAUCAUCUUGCUCCAAAAGGAAACGAAGAAUCCCAGAUAGUGAUGACCCGAACCACAUAAAUCGACGGGGAGAUACUGGGAGAAGGAAGUUGGAUCGAUAUUUUUGUACUCGUUGCAAUGCAUUUCCCAAAGGUUGGAAGCUACCCGAGGACUUACGAAAGCAUAAUCAAGCAUACCAUACUGAGACGGGAUUUUACUGCGCAUCGGGGGUGGCUGAAAAUUGUGCCUAUUGGAGUUCUCAAGAGUCCAGAUAUGUUGACCAUUUGAAGGCAGAGCAUGCUCAUUUAUGCAUCUCACAAGAGACCAUCCGGAAGUAUAAUACCAUAAAUGGUAUCACAGUCGACGGGAACUAUAUGUGCCGGAUACCAGGUUGUAAGAAGGUAUAUAAAAGGGCAGAGAGAGGCAGGCGUGAUAAACAUGAAGAAAGGAAGGCAGCACAUAGUAGCAGCUAGGCAGCCGGAAAGGCGUGGAUCGAUUUCAUCUGUACUCAACUUACUGAGAGAUGAACGAAAAAGGAUGGCUUGUGUGGAUGAGAACAGAAAAAAUUGAUAUGAACAACGCGAAUCCCCCUUGCGAAUUAGACAAUGAAAAUGGAGGUCCAGUCAUGGCGUUCGAAUAAGCUGAUAUGAGGCCAAUACCGUGGGGGUUGGCAUCCAUUGCAAUUUGAAAGCAAAGAUAUUAUGGCUCAGUGGACAGUCCUCAGAUAAUUAGAUUUAAGAGAAAAAGAAAGAUUCAAUGAUAAAUAAAUCAAAACAUAGCUGCCUGGAAUGGAUAUGAAACGGCG